AGAAGAAGGAGAAGAAGGAGAAGAAGGAGAAGAAGAAGAAGAAGAAAAGAAGAAGCAGCGCCGACAGAAGAAAGUGAAGAAUCAGGCGUGAAGAUGAUGAAGUCCAACAGCCAAUACGACUCCUUCCUCUUCUGGAGGCAGCCAAUCCCGGCCCUUGACGUGACCGAGCUGCAGGAUCUGGACGUGCCCGGAGGCCUGUCGGCCAAUGGCGGCCAAGGAAGAGACAAAGUGUCCAAACUGAGGAGUCGUGACGAGGAGGUCGAGUUGAUCCAGUUCUCCUCCUUCAACUACUGGAAGACUCCCAUCGCCGACGUGGACGAUCUGCUGGGCGACCUCCAGCUGCUGCUGUGAGACCUCUGACCCCGACGACCUCUGACCCAUGAACCUGGAUCAGUCUCCUUAUUCUUUUUUGGUCUGGUCUUCACAGGACAGAGGUCUGCAGAGACCUUGUCCAGGAUCAUGUGGUGGUCUUGGACCUGGACCAGGUCACAACCUCGUCCCGUCCAUAAACAAACAUCACGUCUCCAUAGAAACCCGUGUUGUGAAUGUAAACACGUCUACGAUCACAUCAUUGAUCCGUAUGUUACAUAUGAUGUUCAUAAUAUUAUUUUGUCACAUAGAUUAUUUAUUAAUUUAUUUAUUAUCAGUUCCCAUGUGUGCCUUUUUCUUUCAGCUGCUUCACAACUCCGUCCUGUCAUUCAUUGAUUUACUGAUUGAUUGAUUGAUUGUUGACUGUUUGUUUCACUACGAGCGAGAAAUAAAACCGUGCUGUCAGAAUGUUCUGUAAGGACACAACCACA